GUUAAAUAGAUGUUUAAACACAUUUAAUGUUAAAAAAUUUUAACUCUGUUUCUAAUUUUUAAAUUAUACAUAAUUUUUUAAUUAUACAAAUGUACUCUAUUUAGUUAUCGUUUAAUUGUUCCUCAAUUUCUCUGUCUUUUAAUUAACAAACAAAGCAUUUCCUGCUUCAAUAAUACCACGUGUAACCUGUGCCUGUGAACGUAAUCGCGGUCAACUUCACGAAUUCCUCUAGCGUUCUCCUUUUUCUUACUGUCCUUUUUUUACCGAUUCCCCCUUUUACGAUUCUCAUAUGGGUUCCCCUUCCGUAUAUUCUUUAUCUCUUUUCUUUUUUUUUAUCUUUAUCAAUCUAAUUGACGAUAAAAUUAUAUAAAUUUUUUCUACAUUAGAAAAAUCUACCCUGCUUCUUCAUUUUAAAUUAUAAGUAAAUCUUUUAUUGCGUUAUUACGAGCGUUGAUUCGAUGGUGGGGAUUGCCGAAGACGGUUUGUUGGGUAGUGGUCUUUUUAGUAACGUUUAACCAUCGUGCACGAUCAGUUACUGGUGGAACGCCUCUCUCUUCUCAUCACAGAUCAGCGAUUGGAACCGUGAAGCGUAUCCUGUUCAAACUUUCCCGGCAUUCUUCGUUCAAACGUGUCAAGAAAAGGUCGUGGUCACGAGGUUUCUGAAUUUGUGGAAAUAGCCAUCUCGCAAGAUUUCGAAUGCCUGUGAAAGAAAAGAUUUUCUGAUAAAAAAUCAAAAAGGCAAUCUCUCUCUAGCUUUUAAAAAUUCAUCAACAUGACUAGUCUCAUUCGACUUGUCGUUAGUAAUUAUAACGAAGUUCUAAAAAAUGUCAAAGAUCCAAUGGUAGAUACUUGGUUUUUAAUGGAAUCUCCGAGUCCUAUGUUAUGUAUUGUCGGCGCAUAUUUGCUAUUCGUCUUAAAAAUUGGACCAAAAAUGAUGGAGAAAAGGCCAGCCUUUCAGUUAAACACUGUUAUGAUCGCAUAUAACGCAUUUCAAGUACUCUUCAGUAUCUGGUUAACAUCUUUGAUAUUAAAUGUCAAUAUUAAACAACUAUUCUCUGCUCACGGAUGUGGUAUUCAAAAUCGUUUACCUAAUUCACAAAAUGUAAACUUCCAAGCAGCGAUGUCACGAGGCGCUUGGUGGUAUUUCUUUGCAAAAAUUAUCGAGCUACUGGACACGGUAUUUUUCGUUUUGAGGAAAAAGCAAAAUCAAGUUACUUUUCUUCAUGUUUAUCAUCAUACUAUGACGGCCGUUUUCUCAUGGUGCUAUUUAAAAUUUCUGCCUGGUGAACAAGGUGUUCUUAUUGGUUUCUUGAAUUCCAUGGUCCACGUCAUUAUGUAUAGUUAUUAUUUAAUCGCAGCACUUGGCCCUAAAUACCGGAAGUAUCUGUGGUGGAAAAAAUAUAUGACUUGGAUUCAACUGCUACAGUUUGCUUUAAUGUUAGUUUACCUAGUAUUAACAUUAAUCAUGGACUGUCAAACACCAAAGGCUCUUACUUAUUUCUUUACAAUAAGUGUAAUAAUCUUUAUAUAUUUAUUUAGUGACUUUUAUCGUCAAGCAUAUAGAAAAAAAGUUACUUAACAAUAAAUGUUAUAUAACUAAUCAGGAAGUACAAAAAAAUUAUUUCAAUAUAUUUCUAAAUUUUAUACAGAUUACAAAAGAAUUAUGUUUAUUAAAGAAGCAAGAAAUGACUACAAUCCUUAGCAUUAUAUCAAUUAUUCUAUCGAUAUUCUAAUUAUUGGCUUCUAUAAUAAAAUGACAUAUCAAAAACGUGCAGGUAAUAAAUAUGUAGAUGUAUAAUAAUAUGUAAAUAAAAAGAGAAAAUAACUUUUACAAUUUAUAAAACACAUGUAGCUCA